AUGUCUGAGGGCCUCUAUGAGAAGUUCUUGGCCCCCGACGAGCCCUUCCCCCUCCUCUCCCAGAGAGGCAGCAUCAGUGAGGAGGGAUGUCUGGAUGUCAGUGACUUCGGCUGUCAGCUGUCCUCCUGUCACCGCACCGACCCCCUCCACCGAUUCCACUCCAACAGGUGGAAUCUGACGUCUUGUGGAACUAGUGUGGCAAGUUCUGAAUGUAGCGAGGAAUUAUUUUCCUCGGUCUCAGUUGGGGAUCAGGAUGAUUGCUAUUCCCUUCUGGAUGACCAAGACUUCACCUCCUUUGAUCUUUUUCCGGAGGGCAGUGUGUGCAGUGAUGUCUCAUCCUCCAUCAGUACUUAUUGGGACUGGUCUGACAGCGAGUUUGAAUGGCAGUUACCUGGAAGUGACAUAGCAAGUGGCAGUGAUGUGCUAUCAGAUGUGAUACCCAGCAUUCCCAGCUCUCCCUGCCUCCCCUCCAAGAAAAAGAACAAACACAGAAAUCUGGACGAGCUACCUUGGAGUGCUAUGACAAAUGAUGAACAGGUUGAAUACAUUGAAUAUCUCAGUCGAAAGGUCAGCACGGAGAUGGGUCUACGAGAACAGCUUGACAUUAUAAAGAUAAUUGAUCCUACAGCGCAGAUCUCCCCUACAGACAGCGAGUUUAUCAUCGAACUGAACUGCCUGACUGACGAAAAACUGAAACAGGUCAGGAGCUAUAUCAAGGAGCAUAGUCCUCGACAGCGAUCCGCACGAGAGAACUGGAAAAGAACAAGUUACAGUACAGCCAGCACAAGUGGUGUGAGUGGAGCCAGCGUGAGUAGCAGUAGUGCCAGUAUGGUCAGCACAGCCAGCAGCACUGGUUCUAGUGGGGGUCACUCAGCUUCUAACUCAAGUGCCAACAUGAGUCGAACGCACAGUGACAGCAAUUUAUCUGCCAGCGCAGCAGAAAGAAUAAGAGAUUCAAAGAAACGAUCUAAGCAGAGAAAACUGCAACAGAAAGCACUGCGGAAGAGACAGCUAAAGGAGCAAAGGCAGGCUCGGAAGGAGAGACUCAGCGGCUUGUUCCUAAAUGAAGAAGUGUUGUCACUUAAAGUUAAUGAGGAAGAUCACGAAGGAGAUGUAGAUGUACUCAUGUGA